AUGGAAGAACAACCAAUGAAAAUUCGUAAUGUACGGUAUGUACCUGAAGAGUGUCAUGAUAUAUUCUCAAAACAUCCUCGUGACUUGCCUGGCUACCCAAGAGAAACGGAUUUGUACUUUUAUUGCAAAAAACUUAGUAGCGAAGUUACUACCAACUCUCAUAGUAUUUGGAAACAAAUCGGAGAAGACACUGAUGUUUUAGAUCCAAAGAAUAAUGAUGCAUUAGUCGGUAUCAAACGUCCAUUUACUCUUGUUGAUCACGAAGAAGAGUCCGAUGAUAUUCUUUUGUCAGAUGAAGACGAACCUUCACAAUAUAAUUGGUUCAUGGAUGAAAUUAGCCUCCCAUUGACAGUUUCAGAGACUGAUUGGGUUUUGUGCCAUGUUUUCCGCAAAAUAAAACCUGAAUUUGAAUCCAAAGAAGAGGAAGAAGAAGAAGAAAGUGUUUUUGCAAAGAGUUUGGAUCUUCUUAGAGAAAACGAUGGAAAUGUUCUUCCUCCAUCUCAUUCUCCACCUUAG